AGGAAGGUAACCGCUUGCGGCGAGUCACGGAUAAUUACAGCUGUCAAGAGGCUAAUGUGGUGACGACCCGGGAGUUCUAGAGGGCAUUGUGCACAUUCGACGCGACGCAGUACAAACGAGUUCUUCGCGUACAUUUUCUUCUCUGCCACGCUCCUUCCAUGCACUGAACCACCUCCCGACGCGGCGUGAAGGACAGCAGCAGCAACAGCAGCCACAGCAGCCGCAGCAGCAGCAGCAGUGCGAAAGUCGAAAGAAACGGCAAAGAAAGCUUCGCUUUAAAAAAGUAGAACCGGAAUAGACACUGUUUAGUAUGGAUUGCGGGUAGACGUCACAGCCUGCACAGGCAAACCACGUAACCUUAUCUCAGUUCCCUUCCGCCCGUACAGUGGGUAGGCCGCGUGCGGUGAGUACUGCCGAAGAACAGUGGGCUUACGAAGAACACCGUCGUGAACGGAAGCGGGAAUGUACGCGGCGAUGACGGGUGGCACGUAAUACGGACGGAGAUCAUGCCGCAAGCACCAAGCGUACGCACCUUUGGUUGGAUAACCCCUACCGACUCCACCCCUAUCGUAAUUGUGGGUGACUUCAACGUAGGCGUGUUUCGGCCAAACAGAAUGUGGCUUGUGGCGUUUCUCUUGGCAAGGUUCGGCAUUCUAUGGUACACAAACAUCAGUGUGCCCACGAUGUGUCAUGGGUCGUGUAUAGACCUGACGUUCGCCAAGAACCUCUCCAUUGUCGCCAAAGACCGGUCAUAAAGCAAUAGUCACCUUGGUGAUCAAAUAAUAAAUCCAAAAAAAGCAAACAAAAGAAGGUUAAAAAAAAAGCAUUGAAUAUGCAAUUUAAUAAAACAAGAAAAUCUUGAAAAAUAAAAAACGAAAUUCAUUGUGGUACGUGCCUUCUAUAUUCGAUCAACAUAUGUAUUAUCAACAUAUUUAUCACCAUAUAUGCAUCUCCGCUGGUCAUCCACCGUCACAAAGUGGAAUGGGUCUGAUUUCUUUUCUUUUUCAGUUACUAACAAGAAAGAAAAAAAGAAGAGAGGCAGCCUAUAAAAGAAGAUUACAUGUCAGACAACUCGCGGAAAACGGCCUUCGAAAAGAGCGUGGGGGUUUCGAAACUUUGCAAUAAACUAAUACCACAGUCUAACAAAACGUUCGCCGGCGUUGCAGAUCAUCUUGCCCCUAAACAGUAAUCGUCAUCUAUCUUGCAUGAUUUUCUUUUUCCUGAAGCUUCGCGCCCGGUACUAUUUGGUCACGAGCGGUAUGCGCGUGUCAGCCUCACAUAGCAAAAAUGACAACCGUGUAGCGUACGGAUAGUUUUAAAGGAAAGACGGCCAAGAAAGGCAGAUGACUAUUAUUGUUUCGCGACAAGAUAAGCCCGAAAGAGUAUAAACUUUUUUGGAGCAGAGUGAGAGAAAGGUGUUUCACUACACUACUUUUGCCUACCGACAAGAGCUUUUUGGCGCGCUUUUAUUUCUUUUCCAGCUGUUGGUUAUCGCUUUGGAAGGCACUUGUGGGUAGUGGGCCAGCGCGAUGCAGCGAGGGAGGGAGAAGCCAGGAGGGCGGGACCGGGGUUACAAGCAGGUGGCGGCCCCUGGCGGAGCGGCCGAGGGCGCUGCUUCGUCGGGGACACCGCCGCGGGCCAAGCGCACAUGCUGCUCCGGCAGCGCUGGGACGCGGCUUUCGGCACCCCCGGAUUUCGCACUUUCGGCUUAUCCCUUCGUCGCUCGCAGCUUAUAAUCUGGGCAUGAAAGGCCAAGGAGGACACGAACCGCAAUGCCUGGGAAUUUCAUAUUUCUCAAACAGAAUAGGAAUUUGCUGUCCUCGGGAAGAGAAGCGCAAGAUCACAGUGUCAAUUGUAUUACCAAGCCAACUACUUAAAACAUGAUCAAGGGUCAACGAGCUGUCUUACGUGUGAGCAAAGCUUGGUAGACUGACCUCAAUCAUCGCGUUUGUUGAUUGGUUUAAGCAAUCACCCUUGCUCCGGGAUGACUGAACCGGAUUUCUUCAAUGUGUCUUUGGAAACACUGCCGGAUGAAAGCAACCCAUACGGCAACGAGACCGGGUUUUUAAACAUCACCGACGCCUUAGUGUCCGACGAACUCUUGGGCCCUCGCUACCACAAGCGAGUCCGCAUCGGCAUCAUCGUCACCAUGAUCAUAGUUUCGGUAUUUGGCAACAGCGUCGUUUGCUGCAACCUCCUGGUGAGGCAGCGCCGUCGCAGAGUGUCCAAGGCGAGGGUGCUGUUCCUCAAUUUGGCCAUCGCUGACCUCCUGGUGGCCUGCAUAACGAUGACGUCACAAGUGGUGUGGGAAGUGAUGGGCCGGAUUUGGAUCGCAGGCGACGCCUUCUGCCGCUUCUUCAAGUUCUUACAGACGUUUGCCCUGGUCUCGUCGACCUACAUGCUCGUGGCCAUUUCCGUGGACAGACACAUCGCAAUCGCCACUCCUCUUGCGCCGAGUCCAGAUCCCUGGAGGCUGGCGGCUGUCACCUGGAUCGCGGCGUGCAUGCCUUCGCUUCCAAACGUGUACGUGUUUCACAGUGUUGAAGUGGCUCCCGGAAAGUGCUUCUGCGCGUCCAUUUUCUACGACCGGGGCACUCCACUGUACCAUCGCCAGAUCUACAUGGGAUUCGUCUUUUUCAUGGUGUUUGUUGCCCCGCUCGUGCUUCUUAUAGCGUUUCACACUGGCAUACUGUGGGCUCUAUGGAAGCACAACGCGACGAGUCGGAGGAUGAGCUGCCAAACUCCUUCAUCGCUUCCACGUGCGAAGGUGAAGACAUUGAAGAUGACGGCCGUGGUUUUCGGUGCUUUCCUGGUGACCAACGUGCCGUACAUGGUCCAGGAGGCAAUACUCGCCUUCGGCAACCCCGGCAUACUGGACGCCAACGUGGUCGCGCUGUUCGGCGUCAUAUCUGCCUCCAACAGCGCCAUCAACCCGUACAUCUUCCUGUACUUUCAACGAGUACGCAAGGGGACCCGCGACGGUGGCUUAUGGCGGACCUUGUCGCAAGUCGUGGUCGAGUCGCUCACGUGUCGUCUGCUCAAUCGAUCACAAACGGGUUCCCAGGUGUCGACUGACGUGGUCGACGCCUGCUCACCGACGCGUCGUUCCAAAGCGGCCUGCACGACGAAUUUUGAAGAGGAGAGCCCACCCGCCAAAAAGGGUUGUGUGACGUGUUGACAGCACAGGUUGUGCGUGUGUGUGUGUGUAUUUGUCUGUGCUCCCAUGUGGCAUGUUUGGAGGCUGUAGCCGCUUGUGUUGUAUCGCAAACAGUUCAUCUGUCGUUGUCUGACUUGUGUUUUUGUACGUCGCGCUCAUAUGAAGCACGCGAUCCCUGAAAGCACUCCGUGAGGUUCGGCUGGUGUGCCAGGUGUCAUCUCAUUCUAAUGCGUGUUCACUAUAACGACCCAUGAGACGGUGCUUAUUUGAACCACAAAGCGCUACCUCUGACGAAGAACUGCCAACGCUGUCUUCGUGGUACUCUAUAGCGUUUCUCUUGAUUUGCUGGUGCUACUGCACAUAUAGCAAUGACUUUUUCAGUCGUGUUGUCCGCGUGUUAUGUCUUCACAUGGUAACUUUUUGUAUGUACUUCAUAUGCGUGAAGUGAUGGACAACCGCACGUAUUCACACUGGGAGUACCUUCUUUCCUCCCUGUCCUUUCUUUCUUUUUUCGUCUCUUAAAGCCCUUUACCCGUGCAGGGUAGCAAACCGGACGUGCGUCUGGUUGACCACCCUACCUUUCUUUCGUUCCUUUCCUCCUCCUACUUCUCCUUCACCUAAUGAGGUGUUUCUUGCAUGUCUUUUUCUAUCUGCCUCCACAAUAAUUGGGGGUUACAAGCGAAUUGAACAUGCUGUCAAUGUAGUGAAACAGGACGUGCAAUAUUUGUAGCUACAGAUCUGCAGUGCAGUCCUAUUAUCACAAUAUCACGUGUGUGACUAAGAGCCACAUUUCUACUAGGAGUUUAAAAGCUAAAGUGCUAGUAAUAUGAAGCCUGAAGGAUAUGCAUUAUCCACAAUAAAGGGUAGAGAGAGAAAGAGAGAAACGGGGAUGUGAAAGGCAGGGAGCUUAACCGGAUAAGAUUCUGGUUUGCUACUCUGCACUGGGGGAAGGGCAAGGGUACAUAAAAGACGGAAAGAAGAGGGAGAGAGUAACGAAACGACAAAAAAAGCUGGGAAGGUCGUGAACGUUCACGAGAAUUACAGUCUCCACAAUAGGCAACUCGAACGCAAAAAUUUCAAGAGUGCCUUCACUGUCUCAUGUUAUGACGACUGUAUAGGUCGGCGUUCCAGGACUGUCUGCUCCAAAAACGGCCGGUCGUCAAGACGCACCAGCGCGGUCCUGAGGUACUGCCUUUGUGCGCUGUGUCGGGGACAAUGACAAAAAACGUGUUCGAUAGUUUCCUCGUCGCCGCAGUGGCCACACGCAGCACUAUCCUCCCUCCGAUGCGGAAAGCAAACGACUUCGUAAAAUGCGACGCCAAGCCAUAAUCGGUAAAGUACCGUUGUCUCGCGUCGGGAUAUAGUCCAGGUGGAGAAUGAAGUUGCAGACAGGAGUCCAGUCGAUGUAAACGAGUGUGCGGCACAAUAAAGAGUACGUUAUUGAAGGGG